AUGCCACUAGCCGGAAUCAUCUGUGAAAGUUCAUAUGGAUGGAGAUCACUUUACUACCUCCAAGGAUUGUUCACACUUCUGCUUUUCGCCUUAUUCUGCUAUUUCUUCCAGGAUUCCCCAACCCUUCACAAAAAUGUGAGCGAAAAAGAGCUAACCAAGAUCCAACUUGAUAAAACCUAUGCUGAUUCGUCAGCCCGAGAGCCGGUACCCUUCUUCAAUGUUAUUCGAGAUCCUUGUAUCUUUGGAAUUUUCUUAUCCGACGUUGGAGCACAUCUUGGAUUCUUAACUUUUCUCUACUAUGGACCAGUUUAUGUGAAUAAGGUGCUGCAUUUUGAAGUGAAAUCUACUGGUUUUGCCACAGCGUUACCGUAUUUAUUGUGUGCCGCAGUGAAAAUGGCUGCCGGCCCCACUUCAGAUCGUGGUAUUUGCAUUUCGGAACGAACACGAGUAAUUAUAUUCGGAUCUAUUUCUCAGGGUUGUAUGGCUAUUUGCUUUUUUGCAUUGGCAUUCACGGAUUCUCCCCACUUGGCUCAAGCUCUCUAUACUAGUGCAAUUGUGUUCAGUGGACUUAAUAUAGUAGGAGCUGCCAAGUGCGCUCAGCUGAGGGCUCGCCAACAUGCACACUUCGUUAUGGCAGUGCUGUCGAGUAUCGGUUGUAUAAUUACACUCCUACUUCCCGUAUUCGUCACACUCGUCUGCCCGGAUAACACUCAUACACAGUGGUCUCGGUUGUUCCUCGAAAUAGCUGUUAUCGUGGUAGUUAUGAAUCUACCGUUUGUAUUUGUGGCUCAAACGGAACCUGCACCAUGGACUGCUCCUGGAUUUGCAGCAUCACUGUCGAAGAAAAUUGCCAACGAAACGAAAUUACCAGCUGUAAUUCAAUUCGAAGUACUGCCAGCAAUAUUACUCGAAGACGAUGAGCGAACUGAAGAAAUCGGUCUUUUCGGGGUGGAGAUGGUGACAACCACUGGGGAUACUACGUGCCUUCCGACGACCGACGACGACGGUGUAACUGAUGAUGAAGAUCGACGAAGAUUUGAACUCGUUGACGAGCGUCGUCCUGGGGUCUGA